GAACCUAUAUUGGUGAAAGUGAAUUGCCAUGGGCAAUUCAAAACUGAAAGUGGAGAGCUAACUUAUGUAAAUGGAGAAGUUGAGGUUUUAAAGGUUGAUGUAGAAACCAUAUUUCAAGAUGUGAUAUUCAAGAUGGUUCAUAAAACAGGGUUGAGGAAGAUGACAGCAGCAUGGCGUUGGAGUAGAGAAAUUGAUAUCUUUAUUGAAAAACCAAUUAAGCAUCAUCUGAUGAAGAAGAAGAACAAGCUGAAAGGUUGGCCCGAGUUGGUUUACCAGAUGGCAGACAUUUUCAAAUGGGGGAGAAAUUUUAAAAAAAACAUCAUUACUUACAUUCUGAAGAAAAGACGAAAUGAGAAAACAAAGCUUGGAACUAAAUGUAAAGGAAAAUGUUGUGGUUGGCGUAUCUACUGUUCAGUGGAGAAUUUAAUUAAAAGGUGGAUGGUGAAAGUUUAUGAAAAUAAGCACACUUUUCACCAUACUGGUAAGUGCAAGCUUAUCAAGAACCCUGUGAUUGUGGCUAUCAUUUUAGAAAACAUGAGGAAAGUUCCUGAAAUGAGUGCACUUAUGAGAAAAAGAUACAACAUCAUUAUCUCGAAACCUCAGUCCCAAACCACAAGAAGAAUGGCUCUUGAUAAGCUACAAGCUGAGUGCAAUGAGCAAUUUGUAAGAAUACCUAAAGGCAAAACAAGAAUAAAAGGUGUACAUGAAUCACCAGCAAAUAAACAGACUAAGAAGAGAAGUUCAUUGUGGGUUAUGUGGAGAAGAAUGACAAUUCAAGAAGGUGUCCUCAUGAGUAGGGAAAAGCGAAGGCGCAACAAUGUGGAAGGUCAAGAAGCUCAAGUGAAAAAAGGUGUCAUUGACAGCACCUCCAGCAAGUCAACU